AUGGAUAAUCGUAGCACAGAAAAUAAACGGCGGCAAUAUGAAACAGGUUCUGAUUAUGAAAAAGAAAAGGUAGAUGUAGACAGUGAAUCCUCGGAUUCACUCUUAGAAAAUUUACUUAAUUUAAAUAAAAAUAAUAAUUUGAAUGAAUCUGAAAAUAUAGAUGAUAUGUUUUAUGCAUCUAUUCCAACAAACAAUAAAUUCAAAAACAGAAAAAAAAAUAAACAGAUUGAAAAUGAUGAAUGGGAAGAGUUAGAUUUGCAUCAUAGAUAUAGUUAUGAACAGACUAGCGAUAUGAACGAAGAGGAAGAAGAGAAUGAAAGUGGCGAGUAUGUUGGUAAAACUGAGGAAGAGAAUGAAAGCGACGAAUCUGUUGGUAAAAAUGAGAAAGAGGAAGAAAGCGAAUAUUCAGAUUUGGGAAGUGAUGAUGAUGUUUUGAAAUAUUAUAAUAUGGUUAAAAGUAACAAAAGAAAUGAUGAAAGUUUACAAAAUAAAAUUAACAAAUUAUUAAAUUUGAAGAAAAAAGUUGAAACAUAUGAAGAGAAACAAAAAAAAAUAUUACUAAAUUCGGUAAAUGAUGAUGAUAUUGAUACUUUAUUAUAUGACACUGAGGAAGAUGAAACAUGUCUUUCUUAUUUUUUGAAUAAUAUAAAUAAAUUUAAAAAAAAAACGCUAUCUGAGUGUGAAGAUGUAGGUAGUGGGGAGGUGACCACUUGCCAAGAACAAAGUGGUAUAGCAAUGGAAAAAAAAGGCGAAAAAAAGGGAGAAAAAAAAGGAGAAAAUGCAGACGAAAGGGCAGGCGAAAAGACAGACGAAAUAUUCAACUCUAUUAACAAUAGAAAUAUCAUAAUAGAUGAAGAAAGGUUGCUAGAUAUUAAUAAUAUAAACUUAAACAAUAUUUUAUAUUUUUAUUUUUAUUCAAAUCAGUCUUAUAUAUUAAAUUUAGGGAAUGAAAAUAAAAAUAAAAAUAUAUAUACAUAUGAUUCAUAUAUAUUUGAAAAUUAUGACGAAUUAGAUGAUGAACUAACUGACUCAAAAUUAGAUAAUAGUUCAAAUACAAGCAUAAGUGAUGAAGAUUUAUUAUUAUUAAAACAUAAUAAUAACGAAAGUGAUGAUGAUAUUUUUGAGGAUGAGAAUGUAUACAUAGAUAAGCAAAGGGGUUUGAAAAAAAAAGGGAAAAAAAAAAAAGGAAAAAAAAAAAAAGGAAAAAGAGAAAAAAUGAUUACAUCUACUGAACCAUCAAAAAUGAAUAAAGAAGUUGAAAAUUUAAUAAAUAAAGCUAAUAAUAAUUAUAUUAAUCAAAAUUAUGAAGAAUGUAUAAAAUUAUUAGAACAAGUUAUAAAAAUAUCUCCCGAUUUACAUGACCCUUAUCAUUUAUUGGGUUUAAUAUAUGAAAGAGAAUAUAAUAAUUUAAAAAAAGCGAUAAAUUAUUAUUUAAUAGCAGCACAUCUAACUCGUAAUGAUUUUUUAACAUGGUAUAACAUUUCGAAUUUAUGUAAAAUUGAAAAGGAAUAUAAUAUAUUGCUAUAUUGUUUAUAUAAAGCUAUGAGAUUAUAUAAGAGAAAAAAAAAGGCAAUAUUACAAAAAAAAAAUAAAGAAAAUGAAAAAAUUUCAAAUUGCAAUGAAGAUGAAGCUCAAAUAGAGUUCAAAGAAAUAAAUUGUGACAAUUUUGACAAAAACGAAUUAUUUGACAAAAACGAAUUAUUUGACAAAAAAGAAUUGUUUGACAAUUUUAUGAAUCAUUUAUAUUUUAAUAUUGCAUUUACAUAUAUAUUAAUAGAAGAUUAUAAAAAUUGUCUAAAAAAUUUAUUAAUAAUAAAAGAAAAUAAUGAUAUAGAUUCAUAUGAAAUAAUUGUGGAUAUAUAUAUAUGUAUAUGUUUGGUAAUUAUAAAUCGACCAGAUGAAUGUUAUAGCUUUUUAAAAGACAUGUAUAUAAAAAUAAUGAAAAAAAAAAAUCAUUAUAAUUUGAGAUAUCACGAAAAAAAUAUAAUUUGUUUAUUUAUGCAAACACAAAUAUUAAAUAAUAAAUACAAUGAAUGUAUAUUUGUUUAUAAAAAACUGACAAAAAAAUGUGAACAUGUACAUAUUGAUAUAUUUGCACAAUUCAUAAAAUCUAUAAUAAGUAUUGUAAAUUUUAAAUCUAACUAUUUAAUUAAUACAUUUUUUUUUCAAUUAUUAAAAAAAAAUUAUAUUUUAUAUGAAGAUAUUAUUUUUAAUAUUGCCGAGUCAUAUUAUUCUAAAGGAAUGUAUACAUGUGCAAUAUUUUUUUAUAAACUUAUUUAUAAGCAAGGCAAACAAACAAAUUGCAAUGAUAUAACCCAAAGAGAUGGCACCGAAAAUGGCGAUGAAAACGAAACCGCUUUUGACUAUGCAAUGGGUGAAAAAACGGCUUCAACUAAUGAUAUCAUAUCUUUUGACAACAAAAUAAAUGUUACAAAUUUUGUAUAUAAAAUGGUAAAAAGCUAUUAUUAUAUAGGAAAUUAUAUAAAAGGAGAAAAGAUAAUAUUAAAAAUAUUAAAUAAUGAAAAUAUCGAAAAAGACAAUAUAGAAAUAGAUAUAAAAACAUUGUAUAUUGAUAUUUUAUAUAAAUUAAAAAAAUAUAAUAAAUCAAUUAAUAUACUAUUAAGUAUUAAAGAAAAAAAAUUAAGAUCAACAUUUUCUAUACCUAAACCACUUAGUAAUAAAGAAAGAGAAAUAUUAUUAUUAAAAAUAUUUAAAAAAAAAAAUAAAUUAUUAUUAUACACAUCACAUAAUAAAUAUAUUUUACACAUAUUUUAUAUAUAUCCUCAAAAAAAACAAAAUUUUGAUAAAACUUUUAAUAAUCAUGUUUAUUAUAUGUAUGACAAUUAUGUAUCUCAUAAAAAUAUUAAUAAUAUUAUUAAAAUAAAUUCAAAUAUAUGUUUUUGUUAUUUUUGUAUAAAAUAUAAUUUACCAAUCUUAAAUUAUUUUUAUUUGUUUAACAUUUUAGAUAUAAUAAAUUGUAAAAAUAAUGAAAUAAAAGAAAUGGGAAAAAAGCAUAUUGCAGAAUUAUAUAAGUAUCGUGAAUAUUUGCUUUAUUUAAUUUAUUCCUUUAAUAUAUUUAAAAAUAAAAAUAAAAAAGAAAACUAUAAUACUAUUGUUUAUAAAAAUUUGAAAAUAGAAAAAAACAAAUUAUUUUACAAAGACAUUAUGAUAAUUGAUAUUAACAAAUUUAUUCAAGAGAAUUAUUCAGAUCAAAAUGAAAUAUUUAAUUAUAAUAAAAAAAAAGAAUUAUUAAACACAUUUUCCGAUAUCAAUAAUAUACAAAAAGAGUUUUAUUCUAGUAUCUAUAAAUAUAAAUAUAAUAUUGAAUCCGAAAUAUUAAAUAAUAGAAUUGUUAUGAAGUUUUACAAAUUUAGAUAUACUCUUUUUUAUUUUUUAUACGAAUUGGAACAUGAUUUUAGCAGAAUAUAUGCAUGUAUGGAAAAAGAGACUAUUCAUUUUAAAAAAUUAAAAAAAGACAAUCAUAAAAAUGGAAAAACAAAUUGUGAUAACAUAAUUUAUCAAUCACAUUCUGGUAUUGAUUAUGAUGAAGAUUAUGAAAAAAAAAAAAAAAAAAAUUCAAUUAAUAACAUUGAUAAAAUAAAAGAAAAAAAAAAAAAAAAAGGAGUUUCAUUUUUGCACACAAAAAAAAAAAUGAACUUUUUUUCUUUCGAAAGCUAUUUAGGACUUUAUUUUAGUAUUCUAUUUUUAGAAGAAUGUUUUUUUUUAGUAAGUAUAAUGAAUUUAUAUGAUGAUUCUAUUCAUAUGUUAAGUUUAUAUUUAAAGAAUAGGAAAUCCAGUAAAAUAAAAUUAUUAACAUAUAUAAAUUUUAUAAAAAACGAAUUUAAAAAAAGACAUGAUACAAAUAUGUUUUCUAAUAUUCAUUAUUAUUUUUUUGACAAUAUAUAUACUAAUAGUAUAAAGGAAAAUAUUAAUAAAUAUUAUAAUAAAAUCAUAAAAAAUAAUAAUAAUAAUGAUGUAAAGAACCGAGAUUGUAGAUAUUAUAUUUUUCGAAUUAAUUUAUUACUUAAUAGAUUGUAUAUAUCCAGUGGGAAUUAUGAAAAACAAGUUAGAUACUUAAACGAUUUGUAUAUAUUUAAUAAAAAAAAAAAAAAUGAAUAUAGAAUUUUAAAAUAUUAUAAUGAUAUAGUUUUAACAGGAAACUUUUCUCAAAAUUUUUUAGUAUCAGUAUCAAGAUCAAAAUAUAAAAAUAUUCUAAUUAUAUUUAGACUUUUUCUAGUUAGAAGUAUACAUUUUGAUAAAACAAAUCCAUUUCUUAUUUAUUUAAUUGCAAAUGUUUGUAAUAUAUCAUCUAUGGUUAUUCAUGCAAUUCAUGAGUUUACACGGGCUUAUACCUUCUUGUUAAAUUCAAGACGUGAAAAUAAUCGUAUAUUGAAUAAGGAGAAUAUAGAUAAUGUUCCAAUUAAAAAUAAAAUGGAAAAAAUAAACAUAAAGAAUUUGAAUGAGGGUGUAACAAGAGAAUUGUGUGAUAGUGCAUUUGAUCAAAGUAAUGAUUCAGAAAUCGAAAUGGAUGAAAAAACUGAAACAGAAGUUGAAAAAUAUCUAUAUAUGAAAAAUAAAUUAGAAAACAAAUUUGAAGGAAUAUCUGAUAAUAUAAAUUUUUUGUUUAGUUUGAUGGCGUCUUAUUUCAAUUACUCAGGGGCAUAUAAAGUAGAGAAUAGAGAAUCUGUUAUUAUGACUUCUUUUUGUAUAUUAAAUGAAUAUAUAUUAAAAAGAUAUGAACAAAAAAUAAAAAAUAAAAAAAAAAAAUAUAUAAAAUAUUCUCAAUUUUAUAAAAUUUAUAAAUAUAUAUAUUUAGCUGAAAUAUUAUAUAAUUUAGGAAGAGCCUUACAUUAUUUAUCUUAUUUUAAUGAAUGUAUAAAAUUAUAUUUAAAUGUUAUAAAACUUAUAAAAAAAGCAGACAAAGAAAUAAAAAAAUUAUUAAAAUUUAACGAAAAAUUUAUAUAUGACUAUGUUAUUAAUAUGAAAAAGUGUAUGUGUUAUACUUGUCUUAAUUAUCCAUUUAUUUAUCAAAAAACAGAUUUAAUAAAAAUAGUAAAUUAUUACAGAAAUCUAAAUACAAAAUAUUCGAAUUUUUAUCUCCUUUUUUUUGAUAAAAAACAUCUUCUUUUUUCCGCGUCAUAUAAUCUUAGUGUCAUUUUUAGAAAACUUGGAAGGUUUGAGCAAGCAAAGUAUUUUCUUCGUUAUAUUGUAUGGGAUUAG